UCUUAUAACCGUGUUAGAAUUUUCAUUAAAACUCCCAUUUCCCAAAUUGCUUUGAAGUUUAUCUCAUUUGCUUAUUUCUAUAGAUAUCUUAUUUGCAAUGGAACGAAAGCUUUUCUUGGGCCAAUUCUUGAUAUGGGUGGUAUUACUGUUGGGGCAGCUACAUGGAUGCAAAAGCUGCAUUGAGAAAGAGAGAAAAGCUUUGUUGGAGCUCAAGAAACACCUUAUCUCACUGAGUGUAGAAUGGGGAUACGAUACUGUUCAACCUACUUGGACUAAUGAUACAAAAAGUGAUUGCUGUCUGUGGGAGGGCCUUGAGUGCAAUCGUACAAGCGGUCGGGUUAUCGGGAUAUCCAUUGGUGACAUGGUGUUUGAAAACUUCAGUUCUCCCCUAAAUAUUUCUUUGCUACAACCUUUUGAAGAUAUUCGAAGUCUGAGCCUAUCCGUCGAGCAGAACGGAUUUGAUGGCUUCUUUGAUGAUGUUGAAGGUUAUAAAAGCUUAAGGAGAUUAAGAAACCUUGAGAUUUUGGAUCUCUCUUCAAACAGAUUUAACGACAGCAUAUUUCCCUUUCUUAAUGGUGCAUCAUCACUUAAAACUAUUUUUCUUCACAAUAACUUGAUUGAAGGCCCUUUUCCUGCUGAAGAACUAAAAGAUUGGACAAACUUGGAACUGCUGGAUCUGAGUCGAAAUUUUCUAAACGGCUCCAUGCUAGAGUUUUCUUACCUCAAAAAGCUGAAAGCUCUAAAUCUAAGUUCCAAUGAUUUUUCUAGCUCUAUGGAACUGCGAGAACUAAAAGACUUGAUCAACUUGGAACUGCUAAGCCUUGCUCAAAACAGUUUCAGCGGACCUAUACCAGUAGAAGUAUUUUGUGAAAUGAAGAAUCUGCGGGAGCUCGAUCUCAGUGAAAAUCAUUUUGUUGGCCAACUUCCACUUUGUCUAGGUAGCUUGAAAAAGCUACGGGUUCUUGAUCUCUCAUCCAACCAAUUUAGUGGAAAUCUACCGUCUAGUUUCAGUAGCCUUGAGUCCCUGGAGUAUCUAUCAUUGUUAAACAACAACUUCAAAGGCAUAUUAUCUCUCAACCCACUUGCCAACCUCACAAAGCUCAAGGUUUUAAAACUUUCAACAACGUCUGAUAUGCUACAAGUAGAGUCAGAGAGUACUUGGCAGUCAAAAUUUCAACUCAGUGUUGCUGUACUACGAUCUUGCAGCUUGAAAAAAAUCCCUUCCUUUUUUCUGUACCAAAAGAACUUGCGCCUAGUUGAUCUAUCCAGCAACAAAUUAUCCGGAAACGUUCCUACUUGGCUGCUAGAGAAUAAUACACAACUUGAAGUCUUACUCUUGCAGAAUAAUUCAUUUACUACCUUCCAGAUGCCUACUACAAUAGUGCAUAAUAAUUUGCAAUUAUUGGAUUUUUCAAAGAAUGAUAUUGGUGGGCUGUUCCCUGAUAACAUUGGCCGUCUGCUUCCCUAUCUUGUACACAUGAACGGCUCAAAUAAUGGAUUUCAACGAAAUUUUCCAUCGUCAAUGGGCGAGAUGAAGAACAUUUCAUUUCUUGACCUAUCUUAUAAUAACUUCUCUGGGAAUUUACCUAGAAGCUUUUUCACCGGCUGUUUUUCACUGAAAUACCUGAAGCUCUCUCACAACAGAUUUACUGGCCAUGUCCCUCCUAGAGUAACAAACUUUACUUCAUUGGAUGUGUUGAGAUUGGAUAACAACUUAUUCACAGGGGAGAUGGGAGUUGGUCUGCUUAGCUCCAACGCUACAUUGUCGAUUCUCGACAUGUCCAACAAUCUUCUCACAGGUUCAAUUCCGAGUUGGAUAUCUAACCUAUCUAAUUUGGAAUUUUUAUUGCUAUCAGAUAAUAACAUCCAAGGCACAGUACCACCGUCUUUGGGGAACAUGUCCUCAGUUUCACUUUUGGACCUCUCUGGAAACUUAUUAUCUGGAGCCAUACCUUCAUACGUUGGUCACUACGUGAGAUAUCUCUUCCUACGAGACAACAACUUCACAGGACCAAUUCCAGACACAUUGUUGGCACGUCGUGUCCGAAUACUUGAUCUGCGGAACAAUAAGCUCUCAGGGAGUAUCCCGGAGUUUGUCAGUACCGACUUGGAGGAUCCCCCAGAGCUAAGUAUUCUUUUGUUGAGGGGAAACAGUUUAAUAGGAUCAAUUCCAAGGCAGCUGUGUGAUCUGAGAACUAUUAGAAUUUUAGAUCUUUCACAUAACAAACUCAGUGGUUACAUACCUUCAUGCCUCUACAACUUAUCAUUUGAUCUCGGAGUGGCAGAAGAGGAUACAAAUAUCUACAUUGGUAGUGAUUACAACCCUACGAGCUUUCAGUUGGAAUAUUACAAAUCUACAUUUGUGGUGGAGAAGCUCGUAGUAAAGUACACAACCUAUCAUGAAAUUGCAAUAAAUUUUGCAACAAAAGAAAGGUAUGAUUCUUAUACUGGUGGAACCGAGUUCAGUGAAGGUAUACUUGGUUAUAUGUAUGGAAUGAAUCUGUCAAGCAAUGAGUUAAGUGGUGUUAUCCCACAAGAGAUUGGGAACCUCUCGAGAGUUCGAGCACUUAAUCUAUCUCAAAAUUUCUUGUCGGGUUCUAUACCAUCCAGCUUCUCUAAUCUGAAGGAUAUUGAGAGCCUUGAUCUUUCCUACAACAUGUUGCACGGCAGCAUUCCUCAACAGCUGACCAGCCUUAUUUCUCUUGCUGUGUUUGAUGUGUCUUACAACAAUUUGUCAGGAAUGGUUCCCCAAGGAAGGCAAUUCAAUACCUUUGACAAGAGCAGCUAUGUAGGUAAUCCUCUUCUUUGUGGACUACCAACUAAUAUAAGUUGUGAUCAGGCUACGGAGAGGUCAGAGGAAGAAGAUAAUGGAGGAGGGGAAGAGGACGAGGAAGUUUUUGUUGACAUGUUGGUAUUCUAUUAUAGCACUAGCUCAACUUAUUUGACAGCGUUGAUUUGCAUUCUUUUACUUAUGUGCUUUGAUUGUCCUUGGCGUCGAUCAUUGCUACGCCUUAUUGAUGCUUUCAUUGCUUCAGUAAAAACUAUGUUUCCUUAAAAUCAUUUGAGCCAAAUGUGGAAUCU